AUGAAGAACAAAGCUGUUCGUCUCCCUCCACCAGUGUAUCUAACAUGGCAAGAUUUUGAAGCACAAAUAGAUCAUUGGGGGGCACUUGAAACGGGAAGAACCAAAGACAGCGCGAAAUCACGGAUUGACUUGCCUGAUAUAUGCAACAGAAUUGACUUGCAUAUUUUGAGCAAUGGGAAAGGCCAAAAAUCUGCUUUGUUCAAUUGGAUUUUAUUUGCUGUGAAAUUUUCUGAUGGACAAGUUGAAGAUCUACCCGAUGAUAACAUCGAAGAAGAUUCAGAUGAAUUUGAUGAGAGUGAUGAUGAUCAUGAUGAUGAUUUAGAAAAUGAUGAACGCAACCAAAACAUAUCAUCUGAUGAUUCCGAUUGA